AUGUCGAGCAGUGGUGGCAGUACACGUAGUCCUAGUGAACGUCAACCGAUAACAAAACGCUUUGCAAAGGCACGACGACGUGGGAAUAGUCAAGGCGAGACUUUACCUUCAAGUACCAACGCUUUUGGAGGAAUGAGUCCGGUGAAUAGUUUUACCAGUAGUGGAAACGGGUUAAGUGCACGCAACACUAUAAGUUUUGGGAAACCCAUUACAACAACAUUCGUGUCGUCUCCUGCAACGACCUUGGGACAACAUUUGUCCUCUCUCAAAGAUGAUACGUCGUCCGGGUUUGUAUCAAGUAAAACAGGGUUUUUAACCAAACGGGCCAUGUCGAGUAUGGAUGCCUUUGCCAAUUGGAAAGAACGGUUUUUUGUACUGGCAGAAGGUCAUUUGUCCUACUAUAAACAAGGUGGUGGGUUUUUCAAUACUGGAAAAGAAGAUAUUGUCCAUUUAAAGGGAGAAUUGGAAUUAACGCCCGAUACGAUUGUAAAAAAAAGCACGAUUGAUGACAAGGCCAAUUGUUUUGAAGUGGCGACACCGACCAAGAAAAUGUUUUGUCAAGCCAGUACAGCCCGAGAAAUGGAAGAUUGGGUCAAGUCGGUUCGAGCACAUAUUAAUGCACUUAAGAAAACACAAAUUCGAGGGAGUUUUCAUGAUGCAGCUCCUGUAAACCUUGGAGCAUCGGGAGGACCUGGUGUGACUGCAGGUAUUGGAGCGAUGGUUCAAGCUGGAGCUAUGGAGACGGAUUAUUCUCGUCCUAGUAUGCUCGAAGACCAUGAAAUUGUUCGUGGAGCUGACAAGUCCUCGGAUCCCAAGGAUGUUGUUAUCAAGCAGCUAUUGGAAGAAAACAGAGCGUUACGAGAGCAAUUGACAAUGAAGGAUCAAGUGAUUCAUGAAUUGGAAAUGAAUGGCGGACGUAUGCUUGAUGGUCCGUCCGGUGGGGCAGGCAAAUUAAGAUCUACCGCUCCGCAGAUGAUUUUGGAUUUGAGAGAUGUCAAGAAGAAACAAUUUCAGCUUUUUGAUGCUGCCGAAGUGGGCAAUUGGCACCUUAUUGCAACGCUACUGCGUGAUAAUGUGGUUGAUGUGAAUGGCGUGGGGAUUAACCAGACGUCGGCGUUACACCUUGCAGCGCGUAACAAUCAUCCAAAUGCAGUCAAGGAAUUGCUUACGCGUGGUGCUGACCCGUCUGCACGGACGGGCGACAGUUACUCAGCACUGCACAUUGCUGUCCAGGCUGGAAAUGUAGAAUGUGUGAAGGAACUGCUAGAUGCAGGAGCGGACCCAAACGUGACGGACUACCAGGGCAAUGCUGCCAUUCACAUGGCAGCUGAAACGGGCGAUAUUUCUGCGGCAAAAUUAUUGGUAGCACGAGGUGCACGCAUUGAUGCUCCCAAUGCUAGUGGCAGUCUUCCAGUUCACUUGUCGCCGAUUGGCCAUCCGAUUCGUGUGCUGCUUGGCAGUGGAUCAAACCUAGCAGCUACAAACCCGUCUCAGCCGCCGAAACCUCGCAACGAGAUGUCUGCUCGCGAGGGUAACUCAACGCAGGUUAGUCACUUGGCAUUCAAGAACAAGUACCAGAAAGACCUUGCUCUGGGUCCUCGUGAUUUCGAGUUUGUCAAGGUGCUUGGUCGCGGCGCAUUUGCCAAGGUGUACUUGGUUCGUGGUAAGGGUUCGAACCGUGACAAGUGGUACGCACUUAAGGCGUACAAUAAGCAGGCCAUUGUGCAAAAAAACCAAGCGCAGUAUAUUCAUACAGAGAAGGCAGCACUUCAGGCGUGCUCAGAUCAUCCGUACAUUGUGACCUUGUACUUCGCGUUUCAGUCGCAGGAUCGCCUGUUCUUGGUCAUGGAGUACUGCGGUGGUGGUGACUUGCUUUCGGCACUUACCCGACGGAAGGCUUUUACCGAGAAUGAGGCCGCCUUUUACAUUGGAGAAAUUGCGCUGGCGCUGUCGCACCUUCACUCCAAAAAUAUUGUGUUUCGUGAUCUCAAGCCCGAGAACGUGGUGAUGGACCUGGAUGGCCACUGCUUGCUGACUGACUUUGGUAUCUCUAAGGAGGGCAUAAAGGAUCACACGUCGGCCAAUACUUUUUGUGGCUCGCCCAUGUACCUUGCACCAGAAAUGCUGUCGCGUUCUGGUCACGGUUUUGCUUUGGAUUGGUAUUCGGUGGGUGCUCUAUUGUUCGAGCUGCUAACUGGUCUACCACCAUUCUACACGAACGACAAAAAGCAGCUUUUCCACAACAUUCUUCGUGGCCACCUGGUUAUUCCGGAGUACUUGUCGUCGAACGCUCGCGACCUUAUUCAGAGAUUACUGCAUCGUGACCCGAAGCAACGACUGGGUUCUGGCCCGACCGGCGACCGGGAGAUCUUCGAUCACCCGUUCUUCUCGAGUGUCAACUGGGAGAAGCUCAAGGCGCGCGAGUUGGCGCCUCCAUUCACGCCUAAGAUCAAAAAGGACCCGUCUGGAGUGCCCGACACAUCAAACUUUCCGCAGGCAUUCACGGAUCAGGAAAUUUCAGAGAUGGAGCGAGGUUUUGACUUUAUGGACCCAAAUGCUGCCCAGGUGCAGCGCCCGAACCCGAACGGACACAAAGAUGACAAGCGCUUGUUCAAGGAUUUUGACUUUACACCAGAGCUUCAGUUGGAUAACGAAGCCAAACAAUUUGAGCAACUCGCUCUGCAGCAGAACAGUUUUAAGAACCUGCCGGCACCGGCUCUGCUCGAGACAGAUGAGUACAGCAUCUAA